UCUGCGAACACCUGACAAGACCGGACAAGACAAAUGAUAAACAAGUAUUGGGCGGAUUAUAUUCCACAAAACAAAGUGAAUACCGGUCAGCUGAGGCAGUCCCUAUGUGAUUCACGGCAUGGCAGAGAGACCGGACAAUGAGGUGGAGGAGGCGGACCAAAUCUACCUCCUGAUGAAGGAGGAGUAUCGCAUCUCCAGGAAUGUGCGUCUGGCCUGGUUUCUUGGUAAACUGAACCAGGUUAUCUGGCCAGCAUCAAAGCCUGAACUGCUGAACUCGGAGAACGAGCUGGACUUGCUGAGUAUCUUACCCAAAGGAUGGCAGACAGAUUCCCCCCCCACCACGUACCCCCACAUGUUGGUGCCGUCCACUCGAGCCACCUUCCUGGCCCGGAGGUACCGCUUCAUCAUCGAGCUGGACCUCAGCCCCUCCACAGGGAUCGUGGAUGACAGCACAGGAGAGAUGAUCUUCGAUGAGGUCUUUCACGCCUUAUCCAGGUGUCUGGCCGGUCUGGCUCAACCAUUCAAAGUCCCUGGAACUGAUCAGCUGUUCAAGCCGAAGAUCUUCCUCACCAUCUUGGCAUAUUCAUCCAUUAUUGGCCUCACUUCCCAUCAGGUGUUGGUGCAGGGCUGUCAGCUGGACAGAACAGACCUGGUGGAGUUCCUGAAUUACAUCUAUCAGCAGCUCAGAGCGGUGGAGAGCAGCAUCGCAGAGGUCCUGCAUCAGCAGCAGGAUCAGUCCGUUGAGUCGGUCCAAAGCUCAGAUCUUCCCAGCAACAUCAAGUAUGAACAACCCCAAGGGAAGCAAGGCGUUUCCAUGGUGUCGGCUGAUAUGGGUCUGGUCAGCAUGGUACGCCAAGGCAUCCUGGCCCUUCAGCUGCUGCCACCAAACUCCAGUGCAGGUAUCAUCAUUAUCACAGAUGGAGUGACGAGUGUUCCUGAUGUGGCCGUGUGUGAAACCCUGCUGAACCAGCUCAGGAGUGGAACCAUCGCCUGCUCCUUUGUGCAGGUUGGCGGUGCAUACUCAUACGACUGCAGCUUUGGCUAUAUCCCCAACGUAGAGCUGAUGAAGUUCAUCUCAUUAGCCACCUUCGGCUCAUACCUGCCCAGCUGUCCAGAUUUGGACCUGAACAGCCAGGAGAUGAAUACUUACCACAAGGCCUUCCUAACAUACUCCUUCCUGAACACCCCCGAAUCGAUGAACUCCGAGUACUUCUGUGUUUCCCAACACAAACUGUUCAAUGAGCACCUGGUGUCAGCCAGCGGUAACCCUGCCCUGGUGAUGAGGAGGAAGAAGCACACAGAAAAGGAAGUCCAUGCCCAUCUGAUCAGUGUGGUGUCCGUGCGCCUGAGAGAGGGCUACACCAUCAGAGAGAUCAGCCUCACCAAAGGUGGGACUCAGCUGGAGGUGAAGCUGGUAUUGUUGUGGAAACACAACAUGCACAUCGAGUACCUGGCAUCCGCUUCCUGGCCGCUGGACCCCGCCAAGAGAACCACCAGGGUGGAGGUGACGAUGGAGGGAAGCUACGACAUCCUACAUGACAUCAGCUGCACUCAGAGGAAACCCAUCACCAGCCCGUACCGCACCUCUGUCAUCCGACGCUUCUGGAACACUCUGCAGAGCAUCAACCAGACUGACCAGAUGUUGGUGCACCUCCAAUCUUUUAACUCAAUUCCUGAGAACUACAUGAUUCCUGAAAGCACAAAAAAUGGAGUACCUCUGUUCUACAUCCCUCCUGGCUCUACUACUCCGGUCCUGUCCCUGCAGCACAGUGGAUCCAAAGACUCCUCUCAGUCUCAGUUUGCAUCCUACUGGAAGCCCAUCCUCUCUAUGGAUGCCACCUUCUGGCAGAGAUGGCUGCACAUGCAUCGCAUUGCUAUCAUCCUUGAACAUGACAUGCCUGUCCCCAAACAUCUGCACACAGCUGGGAACAAUGGCCGCUACAGCACCAUCCAGUGUCGUAUCUCCCACUCCGCCCUUACGUCCCUGCUGAAGGACUGGAGCAGCUUCGUGCUGGUGGAGGGAUACUCCUAUGUUAAACUCAUAUACAGUUCGUCGGAGCAGCCCCCCUCCUCCUUCUACCUGGUCCGGCUCAUCUCCAAGACGCCCUGCAUGGUGCUGCGUUUGGGCUUCCCCAUCGGUACACCAGCGCACGUUAGAAACAAGAUUGUAGAUGAGCUGCGGCAGCAAAUCCUCAAACUCCGCUUCCCUCAUCGCGUUCAGAACAAAGAGGCCACACCCAAGACCAAGAGGAAGAUCGUCGGUAAUCCAUCACCCUCCAAGUCUCCCUCCAUCCUCGCCCCCAAACCUGCUCUGUCGGACCGGCCCUGUGUGGUGGUGCUCAACAAGCCUCUGGAGAAGCUGCUCAUCAGGUACGAGAAGCUCCCCUUGGACUUCCAGACUCCGUUCAUUUUCAACAUGGAGAACUUUCCUCAGCCCUCCAACAGCUCUGUCCCUCUGAGCAUGGCAGCCAACCGGACGGCCUCCUCCACCUUGGCCUCUCUGUCCCGUUACUUCCUUCACCAGCGCUGGGUGUGGGCGGUGCAGAGCAGCCAGGGAGCGGCCGUGGCCAUGCAGGCGGUCGCUCACAUCCUCACCAUGCUGUCAGAGAUCCGCAUUUCAGAAGGCUUCCACUUUGCUGCCAGCGGAGAGGGCAUCGUGAACAUGGUGAUCGAGCUGCCGAUGAAGGGUAUUUCAGGGGAAACGGACAGAGAGAGUCACUCUUGUAUUGUUCAGUACAUCAUGUUUCCACCUCACUCUACAUCUACUAAGGACAGCUUCUCCACUGAUGAAGACAACGACACAGAGGUGGAGGCGGUUGACAUGGACACAGAGCUGCACCUGGUGACGGAGUGCUGGGUGGAGCCUCAGAGCGGCAUCGUGAUGAACUGCAUGGACCCCCAUCGCCACUUCCAGGGCCUCAAGUACCAAGAGAUCCCUCAAGCAAUCUACCCAAGGGAUCUGGCCUGUAUGUCCACCAUGAUGACCUUUGAGUAUUUGUGCCAGCUGUGUCAGAAUAAGGAUCAGGUCUGCUCACUGGCUGCUCCUCUCAAGGAUGUGAUUGGUGAUGCCCUGGCCUCAGAGGAAAGCAUCCACAUGGUUCCUUUCCAGUUCGACCUCAUUCAGCUGCUCCCAAAAUGCCAGCAGGUGGAGAUCUUCUUCCUCACCUUCAGCACAGCAGUGGAGACGGAGGAGCAGAGCCACAGCGCCCCCUGUCUGCCCAACGAGCUGCUGCUCAGUCUGUUCCACAGCAGCCUGGAGCACGAGCUGAGCGACAGAGAGAUCCCGCUCGCUGACAGCGACCACUUCACCUUCAUGCAGCACAUCUUCCAGCGAGAGCGGGAAGGCCAUGUUCCUCCUUUUUCCUUACCUGUGAUUAAAGAGGAGUUUGUGAAGCCUCCAGACAGACAUGACACCAUGACGUCAUUCCACACCACCGGCAGCAGCAAAGAGGGGAUGGGCUCCACCAGCACUUUACAGAGUUUCAGUAACGCAGACCUGGUGGACGAAGAGCCGUCUCUGGGGGAGAGGAGCUGCUCCGCCCCUCAGUGGAGGUGCUAUGCCAAGUACAUCAGCUCUCAGCAGAUCAUCCUUACCUUCCUCCCCGCUUCAUACACAGAUGUUCUGAUGUUGAUGGCGUCCGGGCUGGAGCCUCAGGGCAGCGCCAGCAUGCAGGGGGACGACACUCUGACUCCCAGCAACAAAUCUCAGGCCGACUCCCUGUCCGGCUCCACCAGCGAAUCCGGCCUCAGUCUGCCUGGUAGACUACCCAGGAGCUCCAGCAGCGGACUCUUCACCUCCAGGUCCCCUGUGUUCUCACCAGGGUCUGAGGACCAGGCUGUGCCCCCAGAGGCCCUGAACUUGCACCAGGACAGCUGGGACAGCAGAGUGUCAGGGACGGGGACCCCGGGCUCAGAUCGUACAGAGAAAGAAGGCGUCCAGUUCUCUGAACCCCAGAAGGCAGACUUCCACAUCAGCUUCAGCCGGCAGGUGUCCCAGCAGAGCACCAGUGACUGCACCCAGUUAAGAUGUCCAGUGUACGUCUACAACUGUUCCCUGGAGCACCUGAAGGAGCAGCUGGUGCAGCCCAGCACCAGCCGCCAGCCCAGGGACGUGUUCUUCAGAGCUCAAGACGCAGAGUCCUGGGAGAUGUUUCAGCAGACAAAGUUCAGGUCUCUGUCUCAGGACCGCAGCAGUCCGUCCCCCUGGACCGAGCUCCUGGCCCAGCCUCACAAACACAAAGAGCUGGCCACCUUCUGCAGCCUGCUUCAGGAGCACUACCACCAGAGCUACGUCAGAGGUGUGUACCGCAGCCUGCAGCAGGCCUACAGCAUCAGCUCCCAGGACCUGCUGAUGGCCAUGGACUACUGUGAGGAGUCCCUGCAGGAGAUCGACGUCACUGCCUUCCUGCACACCCUCUGUGGACACAUCCGGGUGUUCAGGGAGCAUGGGGGCGGGACCCCAAAACCUGACAGAAGCCCCGCUGCCACCUUUACCAUCGGAGAGGUGGAGGAGGAGGAGGAGGAGGAGGAGGAGCGAGCAGAGGACAGGCCAGCCUUGGUCUCCUCAUCCAGUAUUGAAAUGGAGGAUGCCAGUGAAGCUGAAUCUAGAGGGAAGUCCUCUCCGUCAAUUCUGCAUGAGUCCACAGCAGCCAGUAUCCCACUAUUCCCUCUGAGUCUGCUGCACACACAGCCCGGGUGUGAAGUGUAUCCUGAUCUGCACAGAAUCAUACAGGAUAAAUUCAUGGGGGUCGUGAGCCAGUAUUUCAAAACGGUGCCCUCCAACCCACACUACUUCUUCUACUGCCCGCCUUCAUGCAAGAAAGAGGAGGACUCAGAGGAAGGAGACACAGGGAGGAGACUCAGUGAGGAGCUGCUGUCAGAGGCUGAACAAGCCACUGAGGACGGUGAGGAGAACUUCUCGGGCAGCUGCAUCAUGACGGAGAGCGACACAGACUUGGUGGUGGAGUACGAGGAGCCUCGAGCCUCAGGGUCCCGGGCAGAGGGGCACGAGCACUCCCUGUCCGACUCCAACACUGUGAACCAGGACGCAGACUCCUUCAGCAUCCUGGAGGGGGACUCCCUGCUGGAGGCCGACGGGCCCGAGCUGGACAUGCCCCCGCUCUUUGUUCACGUCACCUGUUCAGUCAACAUGAAGAGCUGCCACGGCUCCAUGCCCAUGCAAACACUGCCCACCUGUCUCGGUGAGAUUAUUUCCUGCCUGGAAAACGCAGAGGCCUUACAGUCUGUGGAUUUAAAUGAGCUCUCAGUCACUUUAGAUAUUUUCGUCCUGACACUACCUCUGGAGAUUGAAGUCAUGGCUGAUUUCCAUCACAACAGGUACACCUCAGAGAGCAGUGUGUCCCUGAAUCGCUCACCAGGGCAGCCCUCCUCCUACCGCUCUGAUGAGGGGCUGAUGGCCGGGCUGGACAGUCUGAGGGCAACUGCUGCUGACGGGGUCUCUGGUGAUCCAUUAUGCAAACUCCCACUUCCUCACAAGUUAGCCAUUCUGUCCACCAUGGACGCGAUCCGCUGGCUGGUGGAGGAUGAGAUCGUCUCUGCUCUGCGUCACUCUCGGGUCAUCAGCUCGGCCACGCUGCAGAAAGUGGCAGAGCAUGUCCUGCGCUCCAGCGGGCGGACGCACUGUCGAUGUGAAGACGUCCCGCUGCAGUUUGUCUUCGGGCCGGAGCAGUCUCUGGAGAAAUUCAAAGAGGAGUUCCGCAGAAUAUCUUUCUCCGGCUACGUGUUGAACGGAGAGCAGGACAGUUUCUACUACAUGUCCCUGAGCAGGCUGCACCCUCAGAGGAUCCACGCCACCAAGCGGCUGUCUGAGAGCACCGCAGGCCCCCCCCAGCCCUGCAGUGAGGGGCCACAGGUGGAGGAAGUGAUUCUGGAGACUGAAGCAGAGGCUCCGGCAACCAGUGAGAGUGAAGACAGGAGGUCCAUCACUGUGGGCGCUGCCUGUGACACAGUUGCAGGAUCCAGUGAGCCAAUCAGUGAGUGCGAGGAUUCUGUCUCUCAGUGCUCAGUCAGCAUGGGGGCGGGCCGAGGACAGCUCCAAACUGAACCCUGCACCGAGCCCACCUCCCCCCCGAAGACGCCAUCCAGUGUCAGCCUGGCUGAGUCCAUGCAGUCAGCCUCUCACAGCGGAGGUAAACUCCGGCCCAGCCGAGUCCAGAGUGUGGUCUCCAGUCAGGGCAGCCUGGACUCAGACAUGCAGGCGAUCCAGGCGCUGCGCUCUGUGCUCAACUCUUUCUGCGUGGUCAACAGGAAGAACAUGUUUGUGUACCAGGAGCGUACCACUAAAUCAGUCUUCUACCUCAGACUUUGUGAAACGUCCCUGACCGGGAAAUACUCUGACGUGGAUGGAAGCCUACACGUGACUCGGUCCAUAGGACUCGCUCGGAGUCAGGAGCCUCUGAUUUCUGAGGAUCUUAUGAGCUCCAGGUCGUCUCUGGACGGCUCUCGGCCAGUUGGACAGGUGGACAAGCACAUUCUGCUGCUGGUGCACGGAGUGGGACACACAGGUCCAGAGAUCACAGACGAGCUGGUCAAACUCCUGCGGAAGCGCCUGGAUGAGAACACCCUGGACAUCAUAACUGUCAUGCUUGUGAGAAACUGCAAGCUCACACCAGCUGAUGUGGAGUUCAUCCAGCCAGCAGGGUCUCCAGCCACCGAGGUGAUGACCUUCAGCCUCCCCCCCUACUGUCUGCCCUGGCUGCCCGCUGUGGCUCACUACCUCAGGCAGAACCUCCUCAUCUUCCUGCACGUACCCAAGUACACGGACAGCAACACAGCACACCACUUCAAGCACUACUUUCAUUUGAGCGGAGACUUGGCCGACAGAGAUAUCUACCUCUACAAUAAACCUGGAGCCCAGGGGACCGGCGGCAAAGGUAUCGCCUGCAUCCCCCUCUCAUUCGUGGACGCCCAUAAUCGACCCCUUCAGGUUCAGGACGGUGCCGCCCUGCAGAGAUCAGAGAACGGCACCACCCCCCUUCAUCCAGAACACUUUGAUGAGCUGACCACUGUGGGGAGGGUGGACUCCGUCAACAUGAGCUCAG